CCGGCGGCAGGCACGAGGCUGACUAUCCUUGAGCUGCUCUGCCUACAUUUCACCCGCCCAUGUAUUUAGGAGGCCGUGUUCCUCGACCCGUUGAUUACUUUUCGAGCUCUUCCUGCGUACAUUUAGAUUGUUUGCAUUUGCAUUUCCGCAUCGCUUGAGCUUCACCUAGCGAGUUCCUUUCCUUAGUUAAAACAAAUACGAUCUCUGCCUAGCUGUUGCCUGACAGAAGCAUGACUGAAUCCUCCGCACCACAGCAUUCCCAACCUCCGCACGCGUACUAUUCGAGUUUCACGAGCAGCACCGCCAUCCAGAAGGGAUUUCAUGACAUUGACGACGAGACCCAUUUCCGAGGCUAUCUGGCGCAUUUACAAUCGUCGCAAACCCAGAAUUUCGUCUUGGAUUUCGGCAACGACGAUGCUUGGUGCGCAGUGAAUCUCAAUCACGACGACAUUGCGCUGCUGCUGCGCAAACCCAAGCCGAAGUGCUUUGGAACCAGAUGGAUCAACAUCUGGAAUCCCGAAGAGCAAAAGGAUACCAUCAAGGCGAUCGCCAGCCACUAUGGAGUCUCGGAACGUUUGCAAGGAAUGAUGUGUACCGACCCUGUAGAGCGACCGAAAUCCGCCAAAGCCUCUCAGACACCGGCUGAAACACCGAAAACCACCGCUACCGACCGAUCGCCUCGCAUUCCUCGGAUGAAUGAUCUCGAAGAAGCGCAUGGUUUGAAGGACACAGUUGAUCCGGAGGAAAUAAAAGCGGCUGCGUCUUUUAGGGGCCUUACAUUUGCGCAUGUGACGAACCAGAUCUGGCACUUUUGCUCCGUCGACCAUGGUCAGAAAUAUACUUGCGUUGGGUAUAACUCGUUGUAUGUGGUACCGAACGUGGAAUCGUCGAAUGGAAAAGACCUACCUGAUGGACGACGACUGUGGUCGUGGCUUAUCCUAUGCGAUGAUGGUACCGUUAUUUCCAUGCAGGAGAAUCCAUUCCCUGGCCUAUACGGACCGGACCCGAGCGAGCUGAAGUCCGUUUUAGCAGCAGUCCGCAGAAAUGUCCAAUUCAUUUUUUCUGGAGUGUCCAAGCAGCACUCUGCCCUAUCUGAGAGUGAUUCGCUAGUUACCAUCAGAGUGCGACCUUCUCAUGGUGGCGGUCCUGACCAGGCGAGCAUUAAACAAGAAGAUGGGGCUAGCCUGCUCUUUUACUAUAUUUUCGACGACUGGAUCUCGACAUAUGCGUUAGUGGCCAAGCGUGAGCAUGCAUACGGGGGAGCUCUCGACACGCUGAGAGAGCAAAUGCUGUCCAAACCGGUGGUUGAGCUGGUGAACGAGCUACACUGGCUGGGUCGGCGGCUGGCGGUCCUGAAGCGCCUGUACCAGAGCUAUGAGCUUAUUAUGAUGCGGAUUCUGCAAAGACAACGGGUGCUGCGUGACGAGCACCGCAACCCUCGCGCCACACUUCCGAUCGGACACUUGAUUGGCGACCAAGAAGUGGUGGACCCUCGACAGUCGACUUUGCAGAGCAGUCUCAGUCUCGCGAGUAUCCCGGAUACGCAGGUUGGCGUGCAGCUGAGCUCUACUGCCGUCGCCCGCUUUGAAAGGCUGCUCGACCGCAUCAAGCUGUACUGUUUGUCUGAAAUCGACACCUGCUUGCUCGAGAAGGAAUCUCUGACAUUCCUGAAUUUCAACCUCAUCGCCCUCAAGGACUCGCAGGCGGUCGAGAAACUGACCCGGAUUACGGUCCUUCUGGCCAAAGCGACCAUCCUAUUCCUUCCCGUCAGCCUGAUGACCGGCUACUUCUCGACCGAACUCAAGGGCGUGAAGCACGUGUAUACGACAGUCCAAUAUUGGGUCAGCUUCGGAGUGAUCAUGUUUUUGUCCAUAGUGAUGCUGGCGAUGUUCGGAUAUCUCAGCGACACGAUCGAAGGCAAGACCAUUUAUAAAUCGCUGUUCCGGACUUUCUUCCGCAGUUCGAAGGACCGGCUGGCGCAACGGAGGGAGAGAACCGAGUGAGCAUUGGAUUGAGGUUAUGAAUGAGGACGAAAUGAAAGGGCAUCAAGAAACUUGUAUAUUAAUAAUCGUAUUUAAAGUUAACGAGAUGGAUGAUUAACGAUGGGAUCAAUGAGAAUGUGUUUCAGCCU